UGUAGAUAAACUCUCUGCGACCGUAUCGCAAUUAUCUCGCGUUUAUGUUUUGAAUGUGGCUUCUGAUUUUACGAUCACUAAUUGUUUCAUUGUGAUAUUUAAAUGGGUGUUACUUUUAAGGUAAGUCUCCGCCCAGGGGGAGUAACGCACUUGGGGACAACCGCGCAGCAUCCACCUGCCAACAUACUUCCCUAGGCAGUGGACCUCGAGAGAGCUGCGCCUUUCUCUGUUGCAAAUGAAACGAACUGCGCUACAUCGCGUUUUGUGCAUACUUCGUUUAAAUCUUUGGAUUUCACCCGCAACUGGCAGCGAGAGUAAAAGUGUUUGGGUGUAGGAGAGAGCGACUUUGCGGACGCGUACUGCCUGUGACGGACACCUUACUUUUGACUGGAAAACAGGGUGCGUUCCAAGGGAAUAUUGAUCAUUGGAUUCUAAAUGGUUUUAAUAUUUGGAUAAACUUCAGAUAAUUUUCAGGGUUGUUCCUGCACUCCCGUGUGCGCUUGGACAGAAUGACCAUGCAGAGGACGAGGAGUUUGCUGUUAGGGACCUUUCUGGUCUUUCUGUCAUCAGACGUUUCAGUCCGAUGCAACCCUCCUUCCUCUCUCACGCCUCUAUCCGCUCCCCGCGUUUACCUGUCCUUCAAAGAGCUGAAGUCCACAAGCACGGCCCAUCACUUUGGCUUCUUGCUCAAUUCCACUGACUACAGGAUCCUGCGCAUGGAUGAAGACCACGACCGCAUGUAUGUUGGCAGCAAGGACUACAUCCUCUCCUUGGACCUGAACGACAUCAACAAAGAGCCUCUCAUAAUCCACUGGCCUGUGGCUCCCCAGAGGAAGACUGAGUGUGUUCUGUCAGGGAAGGACACCAAUGGCGAGUGUGGGAAUUUCAUUCGUCUGAUCGAGCCAUGGAACCGAACUCACCUGUACGUGUGUGGAACAGGCGCCUACAACCCCAUCUGCACCUAUGUGGAUCGGGGUCAUAGGUCACAGGCUUUGCUUCAUGAUCAGAGUCCUCGCUCCGGAGGCCGAACCAGCCGGGCUGCAGACCCCAGCGCCGAGCCAGAGCUCUACGCACCCAAGGAAUACAUUUUUCGUCUGGAGCCGGGUAAAGUGGAUUCUGGGAAGGGAAAAUGUCCAUUUGACCCCAAACUGAACAGCGUGUCUGCUUUGAUCAAUGGCCAACUCUACGCUGGAGUCUACAUUGAUUUUAUGGGAACAGACUCUGCCAUUUUCCGUACGCUAGGCAAGCACACAGCCAUGAGGACCGAUCAGUACAAUUCGCGCUGGCUCAACGAUCCUACGUUUGUCCAUGCGCAGCUCAUACCAGACAGCGCAGAGAAGAACGAUGACAAGCUGUAUUUCUUCUUCCGUGAGAAAGCUUCAGAAAUGGGCCAGACCCCCAUGGCUCAAUCCAGGAUCGGGAGGAUCUGUCUGAAUGAUGAUGGCGGUCAUUGUUGUUUAGUUAACAAAUGGAGCACCUUCUUAAAGGCCCGCCUCAUCUGCUCCGUAACGGGGGUUGACGGUAUUGAGACGCAUUUCGACGAGCUCCGUGACGUUUUUAUCCAGAAGACACAAGACACCAAGAAUCCAGUCAUCUACGGUGUCUUCUCCGUGUCUGGCUCAGUGUUCAAGGGAUCGGCCAUAUGUGUUUAUUCUAUGGCUGAUGUGCGGAUGAUCUUUAACGGCCCCUUUGCUCACAAGGAAGGCCCAAACUACCAGUGGAUAGCUUACCAAGGGAAGAUCCCUUAUCCUCGACCUGGGACAUGUCCAGGAGGGACAUUCACACCCAACAUGAAGUCCACUAAAGAUUACCCAGACGAGGUCAUAAAUUUCAUGCGGAACCAUCCUACCAUGUACAACUCUGUCUAUCCAGUCCAUAAGCGCCCCCUGGUGGUGCGCACCAAUGUAGAUUAUGAGUUUACUACCAUCACCGUAGACCAAGUGGCAGCUGCUGACGGCAGUUACGAGGUGCUUUUUCUAGGAACAGAUCGAGGCACUGUACAGAAGGUCAUAGUUCUGCCUCGAGAUGACCUCCAGACUGAAGAGCUGGUUCUGGAGGAAGUGGAGGUGUUCAGGGUUCCAACACCAAUAACCACAAUGAAGAUUUCCCCAAAAAGACAACAGCUGUACGUGAGCUCAGUGGUGGGAGUCACACACCUGACGCUGCACAGGUGCGACGUGUACGGCGAGGCUUGCGCGGAUUGCUGCCUCGCUCGCGACCCCUACUGUGCCUGGGAUGGCAAGUCCUGCUCCCGCUACUCUGCGAACCAGAAGAGGCGUAGUCGACGACAGGACGUGAAGUAUGGCAACCCUAUCAGACAGUGCAGAGGCUACAAUUCCAAUGCCAAUAAGAAUACUCUGGAGGCAGUACAGUAUGGAGUCGAGGGAAGCACUGCCUUCCUGGAAUGCCAAGCCAGAUCUCCUCAUGUUUCAAUCAAAUGGCAUUUUCAGAAGGAGAACAGUGAUAGGAGGAGAGAGAUCCGCUCGGACGGUCGUGUGGUACGCACAGAGCAGGGUCUCCUCCUGCGUUCUCUCCAGCUGGUAGACGCCGGGGCCUACCAGUGCACAUCCACUGAGAAGAACUUCAAACACACCCUUGUCAGGCUGCAGUUGGUGGUGCUUCCCGCCCGCACCGUCAACAGCAUCCAGACCGAGGCAAGCGUGCUGGCUGGCCCUGCCCCGCCCCCGCCCCCGCCUCCCGGCGCUUGGACACCCAGCGCCGAGCAGUACAAGGACCUGCUGGCCAUCCUGAGCCAGCCCGAGAUGGGCCUCAUCGACCAGUACUGCCAGGACUACUGGCAGCUCGGCGACGACCCAGACACCGCCGCCCCCCCACGCCCCAAGAAGGACUCCAAGGAACCCAAGGAAGCCCAGCGCAAGCCACGCAACAGGAGACACCACGAGGGCCAGGGGAGCACGGCGGAGACAUGAGGGGUGAGAAGAGGCCCAGCCGUGCGCUCCUCCCCUCCGAACAUGCAUGCACAUACAGCACACGCGCCAUUUCACCACAAGAUCCGAGGGAGACCUCAUACCCAGCGACAAGACAUCAGACAUGCCAAUAAGUUACAAACCAAACUGGAACAUGGCCAAAGGACUUAAUGGUCAUAUUAGAGCAGCACGUGGUGAGAAUAGGAAGUAUUUAUUGUAGGUUGUACAUAGUUAGGCUCUGUGGAUAUCUUUGUACUGAGAGCACAAAAAAGUGGAAAAAAAAAAGCAGUUUUGUGUAUAGAUCCUUCUGUGCAAAUAUUUUGUUAUUAUUGUUAUUCUUCUUAUAGUAUAUUUAUUAUUAUAGUGUUAUUGUCAUAAAUAACUGUGUGGUUGUAAUAUAAGCAAUGGCAAAGGUUUAGCUUCAUGCUGUGUACACUGAAUGUACAAAACACCUUAUAGGUGUCCUUAAUAGGAUACCAUAUAAUGUACAACCAGGCAUGAGUUGUAACACCACUGUUUUGAAAACACAGUUGUACUGAGAGCCCAGCUGAUUCACUAUCAUACGUCUUGAGGUCUGUAUAAGUCACUCUCCAUUUGUCACUUUAAUGAAUCACCUGUUUCUAAACUCAGAGCAGGUUUUAGCCAGAUGUUUAUUGUUUGUAUUUUUAUUUUGUUUUUUUCCCCAGGAAUACCAUCACUGACUAAGCAGUCAGUCAUGGACUGGAGAGCUAGUUCUAAUAAAAUCCCUGCUCUGUGUAUGUUUUAUCUACUUGUAAAUGCUUACAUAUACAGUUUUUGGCAUUAUUUUAAUGGCAGUGCUGCUGUGAGACAUACUGGUUGAAGAGAGUACAAGUCAUGCUGCAGUCAGUGGACCAACAACUUAGUACAACCUGUCACAAAGUACAGGUAUCUCCGCUCUCUAGCUCACUAUGGUGGCCUAUAAGGAUAUGUUGUGAUGUAAUCAUGAGGCCAUUUGAAAGCUGCUGCCUUAAUGGACAGUUUGACUGCACUGUGUGGAAUGGAACCUCACUCUUUGAGGACAGAAAACCAGCAUGGCCCUCAAAUGAGUUCAUUGGUUCAAUCCGUCUAUCCAGAGAAUCUGUACACAAGUAUCCUAUGACAUCCAGCAAGGAUCUACACAAGAGAAAAAAAGUUCCUCUGUACUUGUUUGUUAUUGUCCUGAUCUUCCAUAUGUCAGUAUGAUAUGUGUAAAGUUUGUCUUUUUUCAGUCAGCGGGUUUGGUUCAAGUUCUUUAACAUCUCCUGUUUAGUAAUCCUAGCGUUUUCUUCAAAUUUAGUUUACCAAGUUAUUUGUAAAUACUACAUACAAAUAUUGCACGAACAAGAGAUCCAUUAAUUAUAUAAUACAUCUGAUUCAGACCAGGGCAUCUAUACUUCUGUUGUUCCAAAACAAAAUUCUUGCUGAGGAAAAGCAUACAGACAGUGUGCUGUAUCGAUUAAAAUAUAGCCUUACCAAUCUUAGCAGGAGAAGAGUCAAAGGAAGCACUUUUAACCCCUUUUAUUUGACUGCCAUUAAGCUAAAACUAAGACGAGCUUUGGGACGAUUUCUUUGAUUUUUGCAUGAAUUGUAUAUGUCCUGUACAAGUAAAUUAGUCCAAACCCAAACGUGUUGCUAUGUAGAUGUUUAUGGAUGGUCUUUUAUGUGAGAAUGACUUUAUGUGAAAAUACCACUACAAUGGGACAGUGAGAUUGGUUCUAAAGGACAGAAGACUGUUUUAAGCACAAGACAAGGUGUUAUGAUGCUCAAUGAACUUCUGUGUCUCUCUUGCCUCUCUUGUGUACUUGUUUAAAACGUGUUAGCAGGCUGCUUCAAAUGACUGUUGUAUAAUUUUUUUCAGUUCUUUGUUAGUAAUACAUUAUACAUCACUGUGGUUUGUCUUUUUUGUUUUGUCUGAAUUUUUUUAAUAUGUUGUGGAAAAGAAAUUGGGAUUAGAUGUAAUUCAAAGUUAAUGUACUGAUUUUACUAUGCUUUUUCUUUCAUUGUUGUUGAUUAAUUAAAAUUCUAUAUUUUAUAACAUAAAAAGCUGA